AUGCAGGGCAAGGUGGGAACGAUUGUGGCCAAGGAUUGUGCUGACUCCCCAAUGGACCAGGUCGUGGCGGCCCCUCAUCGGAGCAAGAUCCACUUCAUCCAUGCGAUGGCCACGGCUGCGCGAGAACUCAGUGGUGGAGGUGCGGUUCGGUUGUACAUUGAGGACCUGGGGCGUAGGGCUAAGUCGAGCAGUGCUUUCGAUGAUGUUUGGCCGCCGUGGUCUUUGUGCAGGGAUGCCCUUGACUACUACGAUGAGAUGGGACUGUUGGAUGUCUCUGUGGAAAAGUUUGUUGGUGACCGCCACCUCAGGUAUGUGGCCUACAACGACUACUGGAUACUGCUGGACAGUGCUGGGCUUGAAAGGUCGAAUUGGCCAACGGCGGUUCAGUAUGCAGCGAGCCAGCAGCGAGCAGAACAGCUUGGAGCUUUGCCCCGGAUGCCCGUGGCUUAUGGAGCGCGUGUCUACGUGAAGACCAAGCGCUACAAAACAGGUGCUGUGGAAGACUUUGGGCCUCAUUGGACACGAGGGCGCUACGUGGGCCCAUCUACGGAUAUCCGAACUGGCCAUGUCAUCCUUAAGGACUCCGGCACCUUCAUUCAGACGACGCAUGUCAGAGUUACAAAGGACCCGCCUUUGUUGGAUGAGGUGGUUCCUACUGUUGUGGUGGAAUCAGAGGAUGUUGCAAAAGAUCAUGAAGAUGAACCUCCGCUACCACCACCACUUCUACCUCCUCCCCUUCGCCGUGUGAGAGCCAAGAGGCCCGUGAUCAAAAGGGCGGAUGGUUUCUUUCCGGACUAUGAGGUGCUGUAUGAUGUACCCAGGGAUGACGAUUCCUAUGAGGAGGGUGAGGCUCACGUGAAGUACCUGCGUCUUGGAGAAAUUCAAUAUGUUGAGAGGACGGCUCAACAGCUUUGUCAGGAGGACAAGUUUUCGGAAGUGGAUGCAGCUCGGUUGUUGGCGUUGGUGGCUGGUACGUGUGGUAACCUCAGGGUUCCCCGAGCUACAGGUGGCAAGGGUAUGGUGUUGGGCGCCUAUGUUCAUGGAGGGGCAUUUGGAGUCACGAGGUAUGGUCGGGAUCUCCCUUGGGUGGCGUCCUACUUCAAUUACUACCUGCGCCGACGGCUGGAACAGUCGUGGCCCUCUAUGGAUUACAGUUGGACUACUUUGGCCCUCCAAGCGGCGGAGGAAGUGCCCAAGCACAAGGACAGCCACAACCAGCGCGGCACCUACAACUACGUGAGCGAGAUUCGAACGGAGUCCACUGAAGGCCUUUGGGUUCAAGACAGAGGUCAUGAGCACCAGGUUGUGGGGGGAACGAGUCCAGAGGAUUUUCAGUACGAGGGCACGGAUGGCAAGACCUAUGAUGGUUGUUUGGUGGAUGUAACUUCUCAGCCGGCGGUGUUUGACCCGCUGGUGCCCCAUGCCUACGUGAGAGGGAACGAUGAUGUGGAGGGUGCUACCGCCAACGGGAAUGAGGCCACAGUCUGGGAUUGGGGGAUCUAUGUCGAAACUGAGCUUGAGGAGGAGAGCGUACCUUCUGGCCAAGCUGUGUAUCUUCGAAGGGUUUGCAGUUCUGAUGAUCCUGGUGCUGAGUUGCUGAAGAUGAAGGUGGCUCCGAACUCGUUUGAGGAGGAUAACACCGCGGCUCACUACCAGGAGGACGUGGCUGAGAAUGUGGAGUAUUGGGCCUCGUUGGGCUUGUAUGAGAGUCCCAGCAUUGCCAAGCUCGAGCCUGAGUAUGUAGAGGGCAUUGAAGCUAUCAUCGCCAAUGCCGUGCAGACU